CUACGCAUGCGCGGCGGGGGCGGGGCGAGAGGUGGGACGGCCCAAGUCUUCCGUGUGCCACCGCCGCCGCCUCAGCUUCGUCUCUCCUGUCCCCGUGGGGCUGCAUUGGCGGCGUUAGCCGCGCGAGGGGAAGAGAGGGGACCGACGGAGCGUGCGCGCGCGGGGGUUCCCGCAGUCCCAGCAGUUCCUCUCGCGGGGUGGACUGCGGGGUCAGCAGCAGUCGGGGGAGGCCCUAGACGGCGCCAUGUCGGCGGGCGGCCCGUGCCCGGCAGGAGCCGGAGGGGGCCCAGGGGGCGCCUCAAGCGCCGUGGGGGUCUCCCCCGGCGGGGUAUCCAUGUUCCGGUGGCUGGAGGUGCUGGAGAAGGAGUUCGACAAGGCCUUCGUGGAUGUGGACCUGCUCCUGGGCGAGAUCGAUCCGGACCAGGCGGACAUCACUUAUGAGGGGAGACAGAAGAUGACCAGCCUGAGCUCCUGCUUUGCACAGCUUUGCCACAAAGCCCAGACUGUGUCCCAAAUCAACCACAAGCUAGAGGCACAGUUGGUGGAUCUGAAAUCUGAACUGACAGAGACCCAAGCAGAGAAAGUUGUAUUGGAGAAAGAAGUACACGAUCAGCUUUUACAGUUGCACUCUAUGCAGCUUCAGCUUCAUGCCAAAACUGGUCAAAGUGUUGACUCUGGUACCAUUAAGGCAAAAUUGUCUGUCCCCUCUGUGGAGGAGCUGGAAAGAGAGCUUGAAGCAAACAAAAAAGAGAAAAUGAAAGAAGCUCAACUUGAAGCUGAAGUGAAGUUGCUGAGAAAAGAGAAUGAAGCCCUUCGUAGACAUAUAGCAGUUCUCCAGGCUGAAGUUUAUGGGGCAAGACUGGCUGCCAAGUACUUGGAUAAGGAACUGGCAGGAAGGGUCCAACAAAUACAAUUACUAGGACGAGAUAUGAAGGGACCUGCUCAUGAUAAGCUUUGGAACCAACUAGAAGCUGAAAUACAUUUGCACCGUCACAAAACUGUCAUUCGAGCCUGUAGAGGACGUAAUGACCUAAAGCGACCGAUGCAUGCACCACCAGGCCAUGAUCAAGACUCUUUAAAGAAAAGCCAAGGUGUUGGUCCAAUUAGAAAAGUUCUCCUCCUUAAGGAAGAUCAUGAAGGCCUUGGAAUUUCAAUUACAGGUGGAAAGGAACAUGGUGUUCCAAUCCUCAUUUCUGAGAUCCACCCAGGGCAGCCUGCGGAUAGAUGUGGAGGGCUACACGUUGGAGAUGCUAUUCUGGCUGUUAAUGGAGUUAACCUAAGGGACACAAAGCAUAAAGAAGCUGUAACAAUUCUUUCCCAGCAGAGAGGAGAGAUUGAAUUUGAAGUAGUUUAUGUGGCUCCUGAAGUGGAUUCUGACGAUGAAAAUGUAGAGUAUGAAGAUGAGAGUGGACAUCGUUACCGUUUGUACCUUGAUGAAUUAGAGGGAAGUAGUAAUUCUGGUGCUAGUUGCAAAGACACAAGUGGGGAAAUUAAAGUGUUACAAGGAUUUAAUAAGAAGACAGUAACUGAUGGCCAUGAAAAUGGAGACCUAGGAACUUCAAGUGAAAGUCCACUGGAAGACAGUGCUUCUAAAUUAGAUGAUCUGCACCAUCUGUAUCAUAAAAAAUCUUAUUAAAUCGACUGUAUCUCCAGACAAGAUUGUUAAUCAGACUGUUCUGAGUUUGGGGCACUAGGGAAGAUGGUGACAAAGACUAUACAAGAUCAAGGGAGGCUGUUUCUUGCCUAAAUGCAAGGCGGGUACCUCAGGGCUUCACGUGAACAAUUCUAAAUGCAUAAAACUCCCUGUUUUCUGUGGUAUACCAUAAUUAACUAUUGCAUGUAAAGCAGUUUUGAUUUUCUUAAAAUUUUAAAGCACCAAAGCAUGUGUUUCCCAAAAGGAUAGUACUAGGCUCUUAAGUACCAAACAGAGCACUACUGUUUUAUUUGAUUCCUUUUCUAUUUAGUAGAAGGACAGUGCUAACCAGAAUUUUUUAAAGAAAUAGCCUUUAAAUAUAAGAGAAUAAAUUCAUAUUGUAU